CACAUGGUGCAGAAUCUUUCCACCCCUCUACUUCAAAAACCCAAUCAGACAAGUGGCAGUAAUCUGACUCCCUGUGCACUGGGAGCUGAGGGGCCAGCAUGCAAGCUGCACUCUGGCCAGAGAAGGCAUGAGUGACAGACCCGCAGCAAGGCGGUGGGGUAAGUGUGGACGUUUGUGCAGAAGAGAAGACAUCAUGGUGGCCUUCAAAGGGGUCUGGACUCAAGCUUUCUGGAAAGCAGUCACAGCAGAGUUUCUGGCCACCUUCAUCUUUGUUCUCCUCAGCCUGGGAUCCACCAUCAACUGGGGUGGAAUGGAAAAGCCCUUACCUGUGGACAUGGUUCUCAUCUCCCUUUGCUUUGGACUCAGCAUUGCCACAAUGGUGCAGUGCUUCGGCCAUAUCAGUGGUGGACACAUCAACCCUGCUGUGACGGUGGCCAUGGUGUGCACCAGGAAGAUUAGCAUUGCCAAGUCUGUCUUCUACAUCUUAGCCCAGUGCCUGGGCGCCAUCAUUGGAGCAGGGAUUCUCUACCUCAUCACACCUCCCAGUGUGGUGGGGGGCUUGGGGGUUACCAUGGUGCAUGGGAAUCUUACUGCUGGUCAUGGUCUCCUGGUGGAGUUGAUAAUCACAUUUCAAUUGGUGUUUACUAUUUUUGCCAGCUGUGAUUCCAAACGGAGUGAUGUCACUGGAUCAAUAGCUCUAGCUAUUGGAUUUUCUGUUGCAAUUGGACAUUUAUUUGCAAUCAAUUACACUGGUGCCAGCAUGAAUCCUGCCCGAUCCUUUGGACCUGCAGUUGUCAUGGGAAAUUGGGAAAAUCACUGGAUAUAUUGGGUUGGGCCAAUAAUAGGAGCUGUUCUGGCUGGUGGCCUUUAUGAAUAUGUCUUCUGUCCAGAUGUCGAACUCAAACGCCGUUUUAAAGAAGCCUUCAGCAAAGCUGCUCAGCAAACAAAAGGGAGCUACAUGGAGGUGGAAGACAACAGAAGUCAGGUAGAGACUAAUGACUUGAUUCUAAAACCUGGGAUGCUGCAGGGGAUUGACAUUGACCAGAGUGAUGAGAAGAAGGGGAAAGACCCAUCUGGAGAGGUACUGUCUUCAGUAUGACUAGAAGAUAGCACUGAAAGCAGACGUGAACCCUUAGAACUAACCUCAGAGCUCCUCCCACCUAUUAAGGAAACAGAUUUGUUAUAAACUAGACAUGUUCGGGUUUUGUUGUUUCUUGUCAUAUUUAGUAGUACAAACAACAGGCAUUCACUAUUUACCAAGAAGAAACAGGAGGGGGAAAAAACUAUUGUGAAUUCCAAAAGGAAAAAAAUAAUAUUUUAAAAUGUUCCUAAAACAAAUAUGUAUUUGGCUUAUUAAGUUUUGGUUCAUGAGUAAUUGAUUGAAAAUAUGUGUUAAGAUUUAGCUCAGUCAUGUCUGAAAGAAGCUUUUAAAACCCCUCUCUGCUUUCCUCACUCCCACUAUGAAAUUGGCACUGUCAAUACUCUUGCUAAUGAAUUAUUUCCAUUUGUAUUUCAAAUAUCCUGCUUUCAACCUACACUUUAAUUCACAAUAUUCAUUCUCUAUUUCAGUGCCCAAAGUAGUAUGGAACCAAAAUCCCAAAAUUGGAAUAAUGUCCAGAAACUCUAUUUAUUCAGUUGUCAGUUCUACCUGUAAAAUGUCCAAUUCCUAAUAAUUACCUAUUGAGAUUCAUAAGAUCUUAGGGGUAUGAAGUAAAAGUUACCUUACGACAAAAAUUAUAAGGAAAUUCAUACUCUGAUAUCAAAUAGUUUCUCUGUUUUCAGUGCACAUUUUCAAACAUACUACAAGAGGUUAAAAAUAUUGGUGUCUAACCACUUAACUACUUUAAUUAUUUUUUAAUUUAUUGACAAAACUAGGGUUUUGUUAUGCUUAUAACUUUGCUGAUUUAGAUUUCAACAUAGCUGUAACAUAUCCUUGAUAACAAGAACAUAACUGUGAGUGAGUUCUGACUUUUUUGAUAACAGUUAAACUCUACUUGUGCAAGAAGAUUUAAACUGGUCCUUUCAGUCCUGACCUCUACGACUGGCUCUCUCCCUCUUGUCGUGUUGGUGGUCCUCUUGACUGUGACCCAUGACUGUGUACGAAUGUAAAAUUCAUGAGGUUAAGAAACCUGACUGCAGAAUAAAAAAGAAUGUGGUGAUCUCACAACACUCUUGAUUCAAAUUGGACUACACAACCAAUCUUUCACUUGUAGAGAGAGAUACUGUACAAAAUCAAAAAUGUUUAUAAUGUAUUUUCACUACUGACUCACUUCCUUGUAAACCAUAUAUAGUUUAUUUUUCUUGUACUGCUUUUCCUAAAGUCAGUAGAAUGAUCUCUAGAAACUCCAGUUCUAUAAUGUUAGCUAUCUAGUAUAGUCUUUUAUCUUAGACAGAGAGCUGCAAAUGUCAAUUUCACUGGACAAAAGUACGAGUAAAGCAAAAAGUUAUUACUGCAAAGAGUGGCUUGUAAAUAGCUGAUAAUCAGGGGGCUUUCUUCUCCCAAGCACAGUUCCAACUGUGCGCCUUUUUUUUUUUUUUUUUUUUUUUUUUUUAGUAUUAAUGGCAGUUGUGUCUCUGUGGGAAAUAGCGGACCACUAUUAAACCCAAUUCUCUUUGGUGCUAAGAAAGUGAGGUAUAAGUUUCCCAGAGAGUUUUCACAUGCGUGUCGAGCCUGGGAGUGCCAUUACUGUUUAUUAGCAGGAGCCUAAGUCCCAGUCUCCUUUCUCAGAAUUCUGGUCAGCUGUCAAUGAUGCACAUUUCUUCCUUUAUGGAGCAGAAUUUAUAAGAUCUAGGGUUUAUGUAAGGAAACUGAUAGGUUGAUUUAUGCUUGUCCAAAAGUUUGCACAAUAUAUCAUUAAAAACUUAGUAUUGGAGGUAUUUGUCAACACAUCUAUUCAAAAUAAGUUAGGUUAACAAAGAAAAGAUUUUCCAAACACAACUCACUGGAUUACUAUAAUUUUUAUUCAACUAUAUGAUUUACUCUUUGUAAAUUCACUUCCAGUUACAGCAUUCAAUAAUUUAGUACUUUGGUGAAAAUGAUGUUUUAGUAAUUCAUUUUUUAGCAAAUAGCAGAGUACCUAGCACAUAGUAUAUAUGUAGUUAAAACAAGUGUGCUAGUUAACAAAAUUAUAUGAAUUUCAUUUGGGAUGUGAGAAUAUAAUUUUCUCUUAAUUUUUAUUUCUCUCAAUUUUUAAUGAACAAUGAUUUCAAGAACUACUAAAGGAAGGCAAUAUAUAUGUAAAAACCAUAAAAUAUAUUUUUUGUACUCUACGAUUUUAGAGGUAUGCAGUGAAUGAAAGCUUUAGCACUUUUCCCCCUGAAUAUGAGACAACAUAUUUUGUAUUUCACUCAAGGCUCUGCCAGUAAAAAGUAAUGAAAUUGCAUCUUUCUAAUGACAUCUAGGCAGCAGGGGUCUAUUGCCUUGUGGAUGACACCAAAUUAUCCGAGUGUAUUAGGAAACUAGGGCUUUUUCCUUUAAUCCCUUCUUAUUAAUGAAGUGCACCAUGCUUCUCCCAGGAGAGUGCUGCUGACAGAUAUACAGAAAAGAGAUCAGAGAGAGGAAACUGGAAGGACAUAAAUGAAUCAUACCCAGUCCGGAAAAGAAACCAACCAUCUCUGUUCUCUAAGGAAAAGCACAGCAAGCAUCCCAAAAUUGUAUGGUGGCCCCUACAUACACUCUAAGGGCUAUGGUUUGGCAAAAGAAUACAAAAGGUAUAAAGUCAUUUUCUAGACUUCCCAGGAUUUCUUAAUAAUUUGGACUCUAGAGGUUGGAUGUGUGUUUUCACUUCGACAUCCCAAAUUUUUCCAGUGGGAGGAUAUCUUUUCUCAUACCCAAAUGGUUGCUUGGGAUUAAAAUUCCUACACACUGUUUUGCUACUUGAUGUUUUUCAUGAACUUUUUAGCCUACCAUCUGAUUUUUUUUUUCCUCCUGCAGCUGCCCAGUGCCAGUACUAGAUAGAGCUACUGCACAGUCUUGAAAAUUUUACAAAGAGAUUACAACUGUUUGAAUAGCAGUAUGAUGGCUGGUUAAUUAUUAGAGGAUUGAUUCCAAAUAACAAAGCAUAUUCUUCUUAGGUCACGAAACCAGGUAAUUCCCUUACUGCUUUAAACUUGAUAAUGUGCAGGGAAGUUCCAAAAUAGAGUAAAAAAUUUAAAAGCUAAAAUUAAUCCUGAAGAGGUCAAUAUGACAUUAUCCACACUAAACAUUUGACAGGGAAAUUAUCUUUGUAACGACUGAGGAUGGCAGUGGGAGCUCAACAGAUAGCCUUUUCAAGUAAUAUGAAGCAAAGAUAAAUGAUCAUCUUAAACACUAUGGAAGAUUUUUUUUUUUCUCCAGGGUUAUCUCUGGGGCUUGAUGCCUGCACCACGAAUCCAUCGCUCCGGGAGGCCAUUUUUUCCAUUUUGUUGCCGUUGUUGUUGGAUAGGACAGAGAGAAAUUGAGAGAGAAGUGCCUCAAAGGCAGAGAGGAGGAGAGAAAGAUAGACACCUUCAGACCUGCCUCACUGGCUGUGAAGCCACACACCUUUAGGUGGAGAGCCAGGGACUUUAACCAGGAUGCUUAUGCAGGUCCUUGCGCUUUCUGUACUUAACCUGCUGCACUACCGCCGGGCCUCCAGAAGAUGCAAACUUUAUAUCUGAUGUUUUAUGCCUGAAAGUAAUUCUGUCUUUCAUAAUAUGUGUAUGACAUUAAAAUUAUCAGGAAAGGGGGACAGACGGUAGCGCAGCGAGUUAAACGCACGUGGCACAAGCGCAAGGACCUGAGUAAAGAUCCAAGUUCCAGCCCCUGGCUCCCUACCAGCAGGAGACUCGCUUCACAGGCUAUGAAGCACGUCUGCAGGUGUCUGUCUUUCUCUCCCCCUCUCUGUCUUCCUCUCCUCUUUCCAUUCCUCUCUGUCCUAUCCAACAACGACGACAUCAAUAAUAACUACAAUAAUAACUACAACAACAAUUUUUUAAAAAAAGAGAAAAUAAAUAAAUAUUUAAAAUAUCAGGAAAAUGUAGUUACUAUCCAAAAAAUUCUAAACCAACAAACAUCACUUUCUUUAUGUUUAUGCACUGGCAUUAUAGUAAUUUGUAGAUCACCUAAAAUAACAGUAAUAUUUGAAACUGUAAUUCUCAGAAAUAUAACACACGCGCACACACACACACACACACACACACUAUAUGUAAUUUGAUUUUGGAUUAAAAAAAUGUGUCAUUCACUUUUACAAGUGAUUGCCGCGCAUGAAAAUGUGUAUCAAACCAAUGUUAUAUAGUAUUUACAAAAAAAACCCCAAAACAUUGUUUAAGUUCAGUGAGACCAUUACCCAGGCAUGCUGAGAUCCAAGAGCAAAAUGUCUUAACUAAUUUAUAUAACCCAUAGGACUUUCUUUCUAAACUCUCUUCAGGAUUGAUUAAAUAACCAUGCAAUUUAUGAAAAUGUACAAAUACUUGUUUAUCACUUUUAUGAUUCAAAUCAUAAUAAAACUGUAAUUCAUGAUAAACUGGUGAGAAUAAGCUGAACAUAUGGUUGUAUUCACAAUUAUUUAUUAACUGAAGUGUUAUUCCAACAUUACAGCUAAUGUUGUGGAAAUUUAAACUGUAAUAUCUAAUAUUUGGAAUCAUCUAUUCAAGUGUUAGCGCUGUGGUUGUUUCCAGGACUUAUAUUCUAUCUCAUAGUGCUAACUUUGUGCGAAUAAACUUUUUAAUGUUUAAAAAGGUAAGAAAUA